CGGAAUUGCUGUUGCUCUGUUCAGCCUGGCUCGAGGCUGGUUGUCGUCAAUCGCAGAGCCGAGUCCCAAUGCAAGGCUGAUGGUUAUCAUAGUGCACAUAGCGAGCUCCGCCCCCACCCUCGCGGCCCCUUGUCUGUUCUGGGAUUCCAGGGUGCAAAUUACAUAUUGCCCCCAGAGUGCUACGUCUACCCCGGGGGUAAAAGAUUGCGGUUCACGCGUUUGGAUCUUUAAGAUCGAGACGACCAUGAUUAAUUCAGACUUCUAACUGGUUCAUGAUAAGCACGAACGACAAUACAAUCCCAUAAUCCUGACUUCUGUGCUUGCCUUUUGACUACCACCAAGGCAGAGCAGCUCACUCUACUCAUUCUGCUCAGCCAUCUCACCUGAGAAAGCCGACUUGCUCAUUAUCAGAUCGCCACUCGUCCUCAUACGCCAGCCAAGGAGUCGCUCGACAGUCAUUAUGCCAUAUAACACUACAGCGAUCCCGCCUCGGAAGGAGGUAACGGGCCAGACUCAGCUCCCUUUAACGAGAGUGAAGAAGAUCAUUGCCGUAGACCCAGACAUCACGGUGUGCUCCAACAACGCAGCGUUUGUCAUCACGCUAGCAACGGAAAUGUUCAUCCAACAUCUCACCACAGAGGCCCAGAACCUGGCCAAGCUGGAACGCAAACCGCGGAGAAACAUCCAGUACAAAGACAUAGCCAACGCCGUGCUCCACCGCGAUAACCUCGAGUUCCUCGAGGACGUCGUCCCCAAGACCGCCCCUUAUAGGCAGGUCAAGGACCAGGCGGCGGCGACCCGGGCGAAGCUGAAGGGCGGGGAGAAGGAUAAGAAGAAGGCGGGAGAGGACGCCGCGGCGGCGGGCGGCCUGCCCAACGGCAAGAGGCAGAAGUCGGCGGCGACGGCGAACGGGAGCGACGCAAACGGCCGUGGCCCCUCCAGGGCGUUGGGGGACGACGACCCCGGCGCCCAGCUGGAGCUGGAGAUGAGGCAGGCGCAGCAAGGGGACGACGGCGAUGUGGAUAUGACGGGAUGAGGGAGGAGGGUUGGUUGGGUUUCCGAUUUUUAGCGGCAGUCACUCACUCUGCCAUUAUGAUCACUCUGAGAAAUGACGAAUUUGUAAUCCCAAGGCAUUUAUUUAUAAUGCCCCGAUCGAUGGUUGAAAUGGUCGUAUAUAACACGACACUCGUUACUUUGUACAUCAUGAGCCCCAGAUGGCUGGCACAAGGGAGAAAAAGACACCCUAUUUUUAGGUACCACUCCGUAUCCCAAACACCCGAGAACAAAC